UGAAAUUAAACUAAGACUUUGACAACAGUUGAAUUGUAUUCAAGAAUAUAUUCAGCUAUCUUACAAUAAUAUCAGCAAGAUGGCAUUUAUGUUGACCACAAAGAAGACCAGAUUAUUGUUUUUAUCUAUAAUCUCGCUUUUGAUCCUUUUAAUAGUCUACAAGAGCCAUAUUUACAGUUACAACUAUGAUAACUUCGAUCACGAUGACAUUGAUUCGAACUUAUCGUCAAUGAUAACAAGCAACAACAACCUUAUAAAUGACAAAUUGGAGUCACUUGGCUCUUUGGAUAGCGUUGGAACAUCCUUACAAUCCUCACAAUUCAAAGGUGACAAUAAAGACUUGAGCACUAGCAGCAAUAGUAAACUUAAAAAUAAUAAAGUGGACGAGGAAAUCGACGACGAGGCCGAUACCACAAGUUCAAUUGCCUCGAAACCCAACAGUAUAGCUGGUUCUGAUGACAAACAAAAGGAUCUAACGGAAAAACCUGGAGAGGAGUUUAGUCCCAAGAAGGAGCUCAAUGCAAUACUAUCAAUAUCCCCCGUUGUCAUCUUUUCAAAGUCGUAUUGCCCAUAUUCAAAUAAACUAAAAGAACUAUUGAAGCAUGAAUAUGAGAUCGUUCCUGAACCUAGUGUGGUGGAAUUGGAUAAACAUAAACAUGGCAAUGAACUACAAGUGUACUUGGGAGAAAUAAGUGGCAGAAAAACAGUGCCAAACUUGUUUAUCAAUGGUGCUUCCAGAGGUGGGUGUGACGAUUUAACUGAACUCCAUUCCAAAAACGAAUUGCUUCCCAGCCUUGUAAAAUGGGGAGGAAAGGAUAUCAAGGUCUCGAAGCUCUCUGUUCCCUCCAACUCCUAGGUGUCUUUUUUUUUAUUAUUUCAUAGCAUUUUAUAAGCUAAUGUAUACAUGUGGCUCUCCAUUUGCGAAUUAAGUAGUAGCUGUCUCAUUCCAGCAAUACUAAUAAAAAAGAAUAAGAAAAGUGAGCAAGAAGAAAAAGAGACAAAAGGAAAUCAGAAAUUAAAAAAUAACGACCGAAAAGAUAAAAAAAUCAGAAAGACCAUUGCUGUGGGUUGUAUGCAUGCGUGCGCAUAUCCAGCGCUGUGGAUGCUGGAUCACUCUUCUUCUACACUUUUCUUUUGUUUCUUCUUUUUGUCUGUUAUUUACGAACGACCUUUAUCGUUGAUAUAUAUAUCUG